GACACAUAAUCAAGGAGUACCAGGACCUCAAUGCCUUGUGGAAUGGCAACUACACCACCAUUGAACUCCCCUGGCCAUAUUAUGGAUGUGGCCACACCAUCUAUAACAAUGCCUUGUACUACCAGCGGGUGGGACGCAACAUCGUUGUGAAGUACGACUUUGAAACAGGGAUAUCCAAAGCAUUGUUCAUUGAGAACUCCUGGUACUACGAGCGCAUGUAUCUUUUCAGUACUUCCAAGUCAUACUUCAGCAUUGCGGUAGAUGAAAAUGGACUCUGGGUGAUGUACCUUUCCCGGCCUGAUGAACACAUCAUGGUGGCAGAAGUUGAGGAGGAGACAUUUUCCGUGCUGCGGCACAUCAAUACCACCUACCCGCAGUCCAAGGCUGGCAAUGCCUUCGUUGCCUGCGGGGUGCUCUAUAUCACUGAUAAGAACCACAUGCAUGUGGCAUUUGCUUUUGACCUCUUGCGAGAGAAGCAGCUUGAUGCCCGCUUCGAGCUGAAACUGUCCCUCUCCCUGGAAGGGUUUGAGCAGAAAGUGUCUCCAGCCUCAAAUGCAACCUUUGUGCCUGUAUUGGCCAUGCUCUCCUACAAUUGGUUGAAUAAGCAUCUACAUACCUGGGAACAUGGGUUUCUGAUACAGUACCCCGUCCACUUUCUCAUCUGAACACACCUAGUAUUAAGAUGGGACAGCCACUGGGUCAUCCACCUCUACCGUUAAGUAGAGGUCCUGUUUUGAGAAUUGCUCUUCUAAUUCCCAUCUCCUGGUUCGAGAGAGACAAACAAGGAAUGUAUCAGGAUACAGACUGGGCAAAUUACAAUUGCUGGUGUGUCCAUUGAGAGUAGUUAGAUCUCAGGGCCAUUACCUGAGUUUUCAAGGUUGGGUGAAGCGCUCAGCAACCCUGGGUGCUGCUGGCCUUCCAAAUCUUCCAGAAAAUGUUACCAAUUUAACCACCUGAGACAGAAGGGGAAAACAAUCCAUCACAUGCUUGGAG